UUUUUUUUUUAACAUUUUUUGCAUUUUGUUUGUUAAGAAUGUCUAGACAAGAACAAGUUUCAAAUUUGCAAAACUUCUUAAAAGGGGUAGAUAAAGACAUAACUAUGAUUUUACAAAAUUUACAAUGGGACAGGAGUUCGUUUUCUAAGGAGCAGAUUCCUCUUACGAAGUGUAAAUAUAACGAAGACCAUAAAGUUUCACUCAGUAAAUUGAGAGAACAUGAAGAGAUGUGUUUUCUGAAACAAAACGAUUAUGGUCCUGAUGAUGUUUUGCUGCCAGAGCUACUUGAUAUUAAAAGCCCGACAGUUGUGAAAUUCAAUUCAAAUGAUAUUAAAGAAAUAGUAGAUAAUGCUGCUUCGAAAGAACCAAUGUUCAAGAGAGGGUGUAAUAGAGAAGCUGUACUGCCUCUUACUGCUGAGCGUCUCCAGGCAACAUACACUUCGGACGAGAGAAGAGCCAUACAUGAUGCAGUAGUCAGCUCUGUGCGCACCAUACGGGAACAAGAUGAUGAAUUUGUCUUACUAAGUGGCAUGUCCGGGGCUACGGACAGCGAUAAGUCUUGGCUGGAGCGGCUGGCGGAACAACGCGACCGGCGCCGCCGCCGAGCCAAGUACCGCGCGCCGCCAAAGACGCGCAACUAUUCGCUCGUGCUGCGUGACGUCAUCUCUACCCAGAUGGAGUUACUUAGUGAAAUGAAUGGCAACUCUGAAGCAGACGAAAGCCAUAAACAUAAUAAAAACGGGGGUGUUAUAAAAAAGGAAAUGGAUGAGAGCUCACAAUAUGAGGGAGUAGAAUAUCCUAACACAAAGAAAGAUAUAAAAAGUGCUAGUAGCAGUGGAUCUUAUUCAGAGAAGCAUAACGAACGAACAAAACGUCAAGACAGAUAUGCAGAAGAUAAAUACAGGGCAAGAUAUGAUAAAUAUAAUAAAUUUAAGCAUAAUGAGGAUUCUGAAAGUAAAAGAGAUUACGAUGAACAUCACAAAGAUAAACACAAUGACAAUACUGAGAGUAAAAGAAAUUACGACAAUCAUUACAAAGAUACUGACAGUGCUGGAUAUUAUGAUAAAUAUAACAGAGAUAAAAAUAAAAAGGAGAAUGUGAGUAGAAGAUAUUAUGAUAAACAUAACAGAGAUGGAAAUAAGGAGGAUACCGAGAGUAGAAGAUAUUAUGAUAAACAUAACAGAGAUGGAAAUAUGGAGGAUACCGAAAGUAGAAAAUAUUAUGAUAAACAUAACAGAGAUAAAAAUAAUGAGGAUAUUGAGAGUAGAAGAUAUUACGAUAAACAUAAAAAACAAGGCCAAUCAUCGAGACAUAGCAGUAAAACAGAAUAUAGUAAAGAAGAUGCAAACACUGACGAUACUAGUAGAAAUUAUUCCAGACACACAAAAUACACUUAUAGGGAAAGAGGAAGAAGUAGACAGGAAAGUUCAAAAGAUAAUUAUACAGACCAUAGAGAUGACAAAAUGUAUAAAAAAGACAAACCUGAUAAACGAAAGAGGGAGUGUGAUGAAUAUUAUGAGGGUUACACAGAAAGCAGACAUAGUUCAAGCGACAGAAGGAAAUAAAAGUAUAAUGAAAGACAUGAGAGAGAAAAAGAAAGAAGUUAUCACAAAAAUGCUCAUAAAUAUAGAAAAGAUGAAUAAAUGUUACUUAAGUAAG